AUGCCAUCUAACCUCUCCGAUUUCGAUUCCAAGCUUCUGCUGGUUGAGCAACAAUUAGAGACGUCUACAACGGGGCGUACUAACGCUCACCGCGGCAACAGACGCAACAAUGUCGCAAGUACCAGCAAGAUCGACGGCCAUUCACUUGCUCAGUGCUGGAGUGCACCCAAGAAAUUGGAGCGCAAGGAAGACGAUGAAGACUUCCCGAGGGAUGGCCUGAUCUUUUUGGUCCUGCCACGGGAUCAGGUCAUGGCGGAGCGAGUCGAGCCGCACAUGGAGGCGCCGGUAUCGACUGCUACAGAGGACUCCAAAUUGCAGGUGAACGCGGCUGGGCUUCCGGGCAUCCACUUCAAGUACAACCAGUACCGCUAUUUCGUCACAGCUAUGCGUGUUCUGAGCAAAGUCAUCCUUGCCGCCCAGCUUGUUCGAAUCCGUGAAAGCCCAUUCUUUAGUAUUAUGUCAGAUAGCAGUACGGACGUAUCGGAUGAAGAUCAUGUUGAGGAGCAGAAGGGAUGGGCGGCCAAGGCGGCCAAGGCGCUUGGCUUUCACUGA